AUGUUGACAACUAUGGUUGGAUUUGAUCGCGGCAAGUCCAACACCAUCAAAACAAGACCUUUUAUCAAGUGCCCUAGAACGGACGCGUUACUCCCUCCGGGGAACCCAACGGAAAUGCCUGAAGGUAUCUAUGCCCAUGUAAUUCCAAUCUUACCUGUGCGCUCCAUGAUGCUGACUGUUAUCGAUCGACAAGGCGGAAAAUCGAAGGCCAAGAAAAAGGGUAAAGCCAAAGCCACGGAAGAGGUUACCACGAGACUUUCUGAGAACGAGGGAUCAGUGGAUAAUGCUGCUGUAUCUUUGGAAUCAAGUGGCGAACAGUCCGGCGCAGUUGAGGGGCAUGUGAAGAAGAGUCAGGAUAGCGAAGCGGGCAAAACCGCAACAAACUGUCUACGCGAUUCAACAGGUAAACCUGCGGAAGACAAGGGGGCACCGGCCCCUGGCGAUAAAACCGAACAUGCAGACAACGAAACCACGUCAUACCCUGAUGCGCUUCAGUCGAAUGAGAGAUUCGAUACCCUUAUACGUGACAGGGACUCGCUACGUGCCGAGGUGACAGACAUGCGGAAGUCUUUAGAAGAGAUACAAUCCAAGCAUCGUGCAGACAUGGAAGCUCUGCAACAUAGAUUGGAGAAUGCUGAGAGCAAAAAAGAGCUUGCGGAAACACAGUUUCAAAAGCUUUUGGAAAGAGUGAAUACAAUAAAAUCUCAGCUGGGUGAGAGACUAAAGGAAGAUGCUGAGGAACUGGGCCAAGCAAGAGCGAAGAUCCAGGAGCUGGAAGAACAAAAUACAAAUCUGAAAGAAGAAGUUCAAUCAAAAAAUUCGAAAAUUGAUGAACUCCUCCGAGGAAAUGAGGAGAGGAUGAAGGAGAUUUCGAUUUUGCGAGACAGAACAAACCUAUCGCAACAGAACUGGUUGAAGGAGAAAGAAGAACUCCUUGAACAGGAAUCAUAUCUCCAAUCGGAAUUUGAACAGGCUAAGGAGGCCAUGCACAAUUGGGAGGUCCUUGCUAUGGAAGAGCGAUCUAUCCGGGAGAACCUUGGUGAGAAAGUUAUAGACCUGGAGGAGCAAGUGGCCAACCUCAGAGAUGCCUACGAAAGGGCUUCUGCUGAGAGCGAUUCCCAACUAGCGACUGUAGAUGGAUUGCAGCGGGCUUUACAGGAGAUACAAACAGCUCGAAAACAGGAGCUUCGUGAGCUUGUGGAGAGUUCCGACGCUCAACUUGAGGAGCUUAAACAAACACUUCACGGCGCGGGGAAGAAAGCCUCGGAAGCAGAACAAGCGCUUCAAGAGGCCCAGAAUGAGCUUGAGCGAGUGAGACCGUUUGAGAAAGAAGUAAGGGAGAAAAAUCUCUUGAUCGGAAAACUUCGGCACGAAGCAGUGACGUUGAACGAUCACCUGACGAAGGCUUUACGUUUUCUCAAGAAAGGAAAACCGGAAGACAACGUGGAUAGGCAUAUUGUUACAAAUCACCUAUUACAUUUUCUGGCCCUUGACCGGUCAGACCCAAAGAAAUUUCAGAUUCUGCAACUUAUUGCAGCGCUGUUAGGCUGGUCAGAUGAACAACGUGAACAGGCCGGCCUGGCACGCCCUGGAGCCUCCAACACAGGGAAUCUUCGAGUCCCUGGUACACCUAUUCACCGUACACCUAGCACACCAAGUUUAGCCACCGAAUUCCUGGACAAUGGCAACACUAGCAAGGAGUCACUGGCAGAACUCUGGUCCAAUUUCCUCGAACAGGAGUCGCAGAAUUCACAAGAGAAUACCGUUCAGUCAAAGCCCUGA